ACUUCGAUGGUUAGUCAUACGAACGUAGGCGUUGUUUCCAACAGACAAAACGAUACGAAGUGAAUGAACCAAGAAAUAUUUAGACUAUUGUACCAAAAAGUGUGUAUUUGUAACAUAAAUACUCGUUUUUGGUACUAUAGUCUAAAUAUUACUUUGUAAGCAUAGUUAUGAAAUAAUGUUUAAACUUAAGUUAACACAAAAAAUGAGAAGUAUUAACGAUAUUUAGUAAUUAUGGAUAGUCAGAUUUAUAAAGCUUAUAAAAUAACACCUAAAGCAUGGAAACAUUACUUUAUUUCACGAACGGACAGUUUUCAUGACGUAAAGCAGUUUCUUUAUGAAGCUGUUUUAUCACUGCAAGAAAUACUUAAGCUACGUAAUCAGGUUUUCAUAUGCGCAAUAUCAUAAAGAAGCCACUUGAAAGAAGGAGCAGUUUGUUUAGGAGACUUUAAAAGUGGUCAGGAAAAACUGAAAUGGUCGUUUAUACAAAACUGGGACUGCAGUUGGUUUUUGUCUUUGCCAUUUUUGCGAUUUUAACAAGAAAAGCUGAAGGCCAAAGAGACGGUUUCUAUCCAUUCGUAACGGUCAACGAUUCACAGCUGAAUGCAAAUAAUGAGACAACAAAAACAUUUACAACUUCAAUAAAGAUAUCAUUUUCAAGUCCGGGUGUUUUUACCUCUGCAACUUUCAUGAGUGCGGUUCAAAACUAUUACGGUGGACGUUCAGGUUUGGGGGGUUUUGUUUCAGUGACAAACAUUCAAACUACAGACGUGAACAUAAGUCCAGUAACGGUUGAAUACGACGUGACGUAUAUAUACUUGCAAUUGAAGAACAGCGUUGUCAAUGAUGAAGGGAUUCUAAACACGAUAGGAAGAGCAGGAGCGGUAAAACGUGGCUUGGAGUCAGAUACAAACUUCAACAACAUAUACAACGUGUCGGAGAAUGUGCAGUCUUUCCGUUUCUCAGGUUUGUUUAAAUAAAAAACUCCUAAAAAGCAAAAGGAAUCACCUGUUUAAAACUUAGAGUGAUUCAAUUAGCGCACUGUUAGAAAUAUCCGUAAAAUUAACUGUCAAUUUAACAGUAAAAUUUUACGUGACGUCAUACGUAACUAAAAAAUACGGAAAAACCGGUAAAAGUUACGCGCUUUGCAUGUAAAUACCCUAAAUUUUACGUGCGGACGCACGUAAAUUUUACGCCGAAUUGAACCAGCCAAUAGAAACGCCCGAUUUAGCCACGUGAUUCUCUUACGCUUAAAGGCGGGAAUUGUAACUCAAGCGAAGACAUUUGAACAUAAGGAGAGGAAAUUUAUUGUUGGCAGUCAAGUUUUUAGAAUUCUGAUUUGUUUUAUGUGGUUUUGAUUCAAAAUAGGCACAUUAGCAGUUAAUGAGAGAUAG